CCACCCCCCACGACUUAGUCUCCCCGGCUGGCGCGCUCGGUUCCCGUCACUAGCACGCGCGGUGGCGGCGGCUGGAAGAUGGCGGAGUCUGGCGGCGGUGGUGGUGCUGGUGGCGGCGGCUUCAGCGCGGGUCCGGGCCCCGAGCGCCCGAGCAGCAUGGCUGACAAGAACGGGGCCCUCAAGUGCACCUUCUCGGCCCCCGGCCACAGCACCAGCCUCCUGCAGGGCCUUGCCGCCCUCCGUGCCCAGGGCCAGCUCCUGGACGUUGUGCUUACCAUCAACCAGGAGACCUUCCAUGCUCACAAGGUGGUCCUGGCCGCCUGCAGUGACUACUUCAGGGCCAUGUUCACGGGCGGCAUGAGAGAAGCGAGCCAGGACGUUAUUGAGCUGAAAGGCGUGUCGGCCCGCGGUCUGCGGCACAUCAUCGACUUUGCCUAUAGUGCGGAGGUGACACUGGACCUGGACUGCGUGCAGGACGUGUUGGGCGCGGCCGUGUUCCUGCAGAUGCUGCCCGUGGUGGAGCUGUGUGAGGAGUUCCUCAAGGCUGCCAUGAGCGUGGAGACCUGCCUCAACAUCGGCCACAUGGCCACCACCUUCAGCCUGGCCUCACUCAAGGAAUCGGUGGACGCCUUCACCUUCCGGCACUUCCUACAGAUUGCUGAGGAGGAGGACUUCCUGCACUUGCCACUGGAGCGCCUGGUCUUCUUCCUGCAGAGCAACCGGCUGCAGAGCUGCGCCGAGAUAGACCUCUUCCGCGCGGCUGUCCGCUGGCUGCAGCACGACCCUGCCCGACGGCAGCGCGCCAGCCACGUGCUCUGCCACAUCCGCUUCCCGCUUAUGCGGUCCUCAGACCUGGUGGACAGUGUGCAGACGCUGGACAUCAUGGUGGAGGACGUGCUGUGCCGCCAGUACCUGCUGGAGGCCUUCAACUACCAGGUGCUCCCCUUUCGGCAGCACGAGAUGCAGUCACCCCGCACAGCCGUGCGCUCAGACGUGCCCUCGCUGGUUGCCUUCGGCGGCACGCCCUACACUGACAGCGACCGCUCUGUCAGCAGCAAAGUGUACCAGCUGCCCGAGCCGGGCGCCCGCCACUUCCGCGAGCUAACGGAGAUGGAGGUGGGCUGCAGCCACACAUGCGUGGCCGUGCUGGACAACUUCGUGUAUGUGGCUGGGGGCCAGCACCUGCAGUACCGCAGUGGCGAGGGCGCUGUGGAUGCCUGCUACCGCUAUGACCCCCACCUCAACCGCUGGCUGCGCCUGCAGGCCAUGCAGGAGAGUCGAAUCCAGUUCCAGCUAAACGUGCUGUGUGGCAUGGUGUAUGCCACUGGUGGCCGCAACCGGGCCGGCAGCCUGGCCUCCGUGGAGAGGUACUGCCCGCGGCGCAACGAGUGGGGCUAUGCCUGCUCGCUGAAGCGCCGCACUUGGGGCCAUGCGGGCGCCUCGGCGGGGGGCCGCCUCUACAUCUCAGGUGGCUAUGGCAUCUCAGUGGAGGACAAGAAGGCACUGCACUGCUAUGACCCUGAGGCCGACCAGUGGGAAUUCAAGGCGCCCAUGAGUGAGCCCCGUGUGCUCCAUGCCAUGGUGGGUGCUGGCGGCCGCAUCUAUGCCCUCGGAGGCCGCAUGGACCACGUUGACCGCUGCUUCGAUGUGCUGGCCGUGGAGUACUAUGUGCCCGAGACGGACCAGUGGACCAGCGUGAGCCCCAUGCGGGCCGGCCAGUCGGAGGCUGGCUGCUGCCUGCUGGACAGGAAGAUCUACAUUGUUGGGGGCUACAACUGGCGUCUCAACAAUGUGACAGGCAUCGUCCAGGUGUACAACACUGAGACUGAUGAAUGGGAGCGUGAUCUGCACUUCCCGGAGUCCUUCGCCGGCAUCGCCUGUGCCCCCGUCCUGCUGCCCCGGGCUGGGACCAGGAGGUAGCUCCCGGGACCCCAGGUUCCUGGCCUGGCUGCAUGCUGUUUCUGUGCGGGGUACGGUGGGCGCAUGUCUGAGCAGAGAACUGUGACCCUUUGCCCCACCUCCCUGGGGCUGGCCUUGGGGCCUGCUGUGUUGAUAAGGCCCCUUCCCUGUCCCUCCUUCCUUCUGGAAGCAGAUCCUGGCUCCACGGCCUCAGGAGGAGCCUGCCAGCAACAAGGCUGAUGUCUUGCAGCAGCAAACUCACACCCAAGGUGGUUUCCUCACCCGCUCCCUGUUCUUGCUGGCUGGCGGGAAUUGGGGUCUCCUUAGGGUGUCAUUGUGUAGCUUUGUCCUGCUUCUCUCCCCACCUUCUGCCUGUGGUGGGGGAGCGUCUGAGACGUUCAGAUGCCAACUGCCAAAUUGUUAGUGGUUGAUCCCCAAAUUCGCCCCUUCCAUCCCCAUGUGUUGCAUGCAUCUUUUAAAAAACAAAUGCAACCCAAACCUCUGUAACAUAUGGAGCUUCCAGAGUAGCAGAGGUGGCUGGGGAGUGCCUGACUUGGGGUUGACCAGAAGGCUACAGCUCCACGUCCCCAAUAAGCCGAAGCUGCUGGCCGGGCGGGAGGAGCUGACACUCAUCUCCAUUUCUGGCCUGGAUCCUGGCACCUACAGGGUGUUCAUUCCUCUGCUUUCAGGAGGGAAAAAACACAACCAGCUACCAGAGGUGGUCCUUACAGGUGUCAGGCCUUCCAUUUGGCCUUGGGUGAUGCGUGGGCCUUAAAAAGAACUGGGCCGAGACUCCUUAUCCCUGUCCCUGACCCAUGAUUGCAGGGGUAUACCUGAUUCAGAAUCUCACAGUGUGUCUGCAUUCCACAGGCCGAUCCCAUGAUUUUUAUUUCUCUCCCCUUUUCCAGCCCUCUGCUCCCCACUUGCUGUGUGUUCAGGUUGACAUGCUGGGCCUGUGCCCACCCAGUGUGGGAAGUCAGGCUAGCCAGGAGGCCUCUCCCUUCAAGGGCUUUGCAGCAUCUUCAGCCGCAUUUGUUUUGGUGUCUAAACCUCAAAACCUUUUUUUUUUUUUAAGAGGGUAACACUGCUGUCUUAUAAACGAGAUUUGUACCCUUGGGGCAACUUAAAGUGUCUCUUCUGCUGCUAAUGGACGAUUGAUGUUGUGUCUCUAUUACCCACUCACCAUGUAAAGAAUUAACCUCAUACCUUAGCAGACGUCUCCUAGUAUUUUCCUUUCAUUUAAUUAAAAUGUUAUGGUAAAAAGAU